CCUUACGUUUUUAUCAGCGAUGUUGCAACCCAGUGCAGGUCUUCCUUUGAUAAAUAUGUGCAUGGAAGAAAUGAAAGGUGUGUGAAUAUGUACAUUCACCUAAAUGACACAUCGCAGCCACUUAUUCGUAUUCACUUUGUGGGAGCUUGCACAUGACUUCUCGAUAAUAUUUAAGAUGUUAACCCAAGAUGGUAUGAGAUCAAGGAAAAACCUCACAUUUAUUUGUGCUGACUUGUUUAGGUUUCUUCCUCUUACACUCUUGUCACUACACUGACACCAAGGUCAUGUGGCAAAUGACAAAGUUUUGCAGAGUGAUUAAUCAGCAAGACCACAGUGAUUUAUUGUCAGUCUUGCUGAAGCAGACUUUGCCCUUUCUUACUAGAUGUCAGCCUGUAAGCCUGCCAACCCAGAGUUCCUUUCAUUUUGUUAGGGUGCAUGGUGUACAGAGUGAUGGUAUAUUGAUGACAUGUUUGCCACUAAGAAUUCCCCCUUUUAUUGCCUUAUCCUCACAGGUCUAUCUUUAUACUUUGAAGAUGGCCAUGACGAUUUGGAUGACUUUGGAUUUGAUGACUAUGGUUCAGAGUGCGAUGGGAUCCGCAUCACAGCCUUCCUCGAUGCAGGACAAGACAACCUAACUCCUCUUGGGAGGCUAGAGAAGUAUGCCUUCAGUGAGAAUGUCUUCAACAGGCAGAUCGUGGCUCGUGGCCUGCUUGAUGUGCUUCGAGAGUUCAGUGACAAUGAAAAUGACUUUAUCAGUGUCAUGGAGACAGUUGCCAGAAUGUCAGAAGAUGGAGAACCCACAGUGCGAGCUGAACUGAUGGAGCAAGUCCCCAACAUUGCCAUGUUCUUACAUGAGAGUCGACCAAACUUCCCAGCAGCUUUCUCGAGAUACUUAGUACCCAUUGUAGUCCGAUAUCUCACUGAUCCAAAUAACCAGGUGCGGAAGACCAGCCAGGCAGCGCUGCUUGUUUUGUUGGAGCAGGGCCUUAUCUCUAAAGUUGAUAUGGAGACCAAAGUUUGUCCAGUUCUGCUUGAACUCACAGAACCCAGCAGUGACGAUGACUACAAAAUCGAGGCAGUUGCUAUCAUGUGUAAAGUUGUCACCAUGUUGAGCAAAGACACUGUGGAGCAUCUAUUGCUGCCACGCUUCUGUGACCUGUGCAGUGAUGCCAGACUCUUUCAAGUUCGCAAGGUCUGUGCAGCCAAUUUUGGAGAGUUUUGUUCUAUUGUGGGUCAGGAGGCCACGGAAAAACUACUGAUGCCCAAGUUCUUCGAUCUGUGCUCAGACAGUCUGUGGGGCAUCAGGAAAGCCUGUGCUGAGUGCUUCAUGAUGGUCUCUAAUUCCACGUCUCCAGAGGUGCGACGUGCGAAAUUGUCCCCCCUGUUCAUCAGCCUCAUCAGUGACCAGUCUCGCUGGGUGCGUCAGGCUGCUUUUCAGUCUUUGGGGCGUUUCAUCUCUACCUUUGCCAAUCCCUCCAGCACAGGCCUUCACUUCAGAGAGGAUGGUGCCCUAUUAGAGGUCCCCAGGUGUACAUUGGACAGUGACUGCUCCCUGAACUCUAUGAACUGCUCAGACAUAAGCGGCUGCUGCACACAAAGAACUGUAGCUCACACACCUCCCAAUCAGGAUGGCCGUGCCACACCUUCCCCAGAGCACGUGUCGACAGCUGACAACGAGGAAAUGCACAGCUUUGAGGACAGCCACACUUCUGUUCCCAGAGAGAUGCACAGCGGCUUCUCCCACGCAGUCUCAAACAGCAAUGCCAGCCCUACAAUCACAGACAACGCUAAGAACACCAAGGAAACGGAGCACACGGAUGAGAACUUUAAUUCUUUCCACUAUUGGAGAUCUCCUUUGCCAGACAUCAGCGGGGAACUGGAGAUGCUAAAUUGUCAAAAAUCAGCGGACGUGAUAGAGAAAGAGGAAAAGAAAGAAGAGGAGGAGGAACCUGACAAAAACCUAAUUCCUGAUUCUAAGUCCAGCCCUGGCAAAGCCACCAGUGACCAGAUCCAGAAGGUCUUGGACUGUUUGCAACCACACAUGGAUGACCCUGAUGUGCAAGCUCAAGUCCAGGUAUUGUCAGCUGCUCUGAAGGCAGCCCAGCUUGACAGCCCCACAGAUGACAGCCCGACUGAACUUCAGCCAGAAGAGCAGUCUGAGAGCGACACCAACAGCCUGUCUGUGGAGAGCAGACCUGUGGAGGUUCAGUCAGACACUGGAGAGAUCCCCACAGAAGAGAACCAAAUGAUGGAAACUCCCCAAGCCUUGGAGUCGAGCCCUGUCCAGGAGCAAGGAGAUGAAGAGACACAGACAGAGACCGAAGAGGACCAGAGGGACCAGGAAGAGUCUCCUCCUGACUCCCCUGUUCUAGAGUCUGAACUAAUUGAGAGUGUGGAGGAGGAAGGAAAGGAAGACUAUGCUCACAGCCCAGUGCCUGAGGAUAAGCCCAAGAUCCAGAAUGUCAUCCCACAGCAGCUGUUGGAUCAGUACCUCUCUAUGACUGACCCAGCGCGGGCCCAGACGGUGGAUACAGAGAUAGCCAAGCACUGUGCCUUCAGCCUGCCAGGUGUAGCGCUCACUCUGGGACGACAGAACUGGCACUGCCUCAAGGACACAUAUGAAACGCUUGCUACUGAUGUGCAGUGGAAGGUGCGGCGUACGCUGGCUUUCUCCAUCCACGAACUGGCAGUUAUUCUGGGAGACCAGCUGACAGCAGCUGAUCUGGUGCCCAUCUUCAACGGUUUCCUCAAAGACCUGGACGAAGUCCGCAUUGGCGUGCUCAAACACCUUUAUGACUUCCUCAAGCUACUGCACGCAGACAAGAGGAGAGAGUAUCUGUACCAGCUGCAGGAGUUCAUGGUGACGGACAACAGUCGCAACUGGAGAUUCAGAUAUGAGCUGGCAGAGCAGCUGAUCUUGAUCAUAGAGUUGUACAGCCACUACGACGUGUAUGACUACCUCAGACAGAUAGCACUCACACUCUGCUCUGACAAAGUGUCAGAGGUCAGAUGGAUCUCGUACAAACUGGUUGUAGAGAUCCUCCAGAAGCUGUAUAUGUGUGGAGCUGAUGAUCUGGGCUUGAACUUCAUCAAUGAGCUCACUGUCAGGUUCUGCCACUGUCCCAAGUGGGUGGGACGGCAGGCCUUUGCCUUCAUCUGCCAGGCUGUAGUAGAGGAGGACUGCAUGCCUAUGGAGCAGUUCAGCCAACAUCUCUUGCCCAGUCUGCUCAGCCUCUCCUCAGACCCAGUGGCCAAUGUCCGUGUGCUGGUAGCCAAGGCUCUACGACAGAGUGUCAUGGAAAAAGCAUACUUUAAGGAGCCUGGCUGUGCUUACUCUGACGAGCUGGAGGAGACUGUGAUGGCUCUGCAGUCCGACAAGGACCGGGAUGUCCGCUUCUUCGCCAGCCUGGACCCCAACAAAGGCUUGAUGGACACGGCUCCCUUGAUUUAGCCUCGGCUCCUGAGUCUCAUUACAGCCCACCUGCCUGUCUACCUGUCUGUCUGACUGACACCACAGUCAGAGUAACCUGUUACACCAGCACCUGACCAGAUCCAAACCACUCUCCUGCUGGGCAGAACUGCACCCGCAACCACUUAAGAAUCAUGUCAGAUGUUCAGAUCACAGUUUUAAAAGUAUGACCAUGCUCAAACAACACAACGCAGUCUCUGGUUGGGCACUACAUAGCGCACAUUGCAUUCACAACACAGGAUGUGUACUUCUCAGAGUAUUCAGUAAAUGAGCCGGACUCAGAGAUUGGCUGCACCACUUUGUGGGAGCUGCUGCAUUUACGCCUGAACUUUACCCCACCCUCCUCCACACUAACCCUGACUCAGUCCUUCCCCAGUCACAGACUUGUAAAACUACGUUGGGCUCUUUCUCUAUCUCCCUCUCCAAAGCUAAUUGUAAGCUUGAUAUUUAAUUGAUGAAUUGAUUUUUUUUUUCUCAAUGUGUCUUUUUGUAGAUUUCUUAACGAAAAAGCAGGCAAGGCCUGCUUGACUCUGACGUGUGCACUAACUCAGGGGGACUCAUCUGAACCUAAACAGCAUUAUUAGCUUACAUGAUAAGCAGCAACUCCUGGAUCCCUGUUGAAAACAACUCCAGCUGUCUGGGAAACAGACCAGCCAAACAAAGUAGCUCUGCUGGUGUGUCACCUCAUUUCCUCCUGAAUGCCUCUGUUGUCUCAGAUGCCGUCUUAGUCUUCUGAGAUGUCCUCUGGGUUAUUGUCUGUUUCUCUUCUACUUUUUCUUAAAAUUCUUAAAAAAUUAACUAUCUGUCUCUGCAUUUCUCCACCUGGUCUUCAUGGGCCUAUCAAACCACUACUACUGCACAGAAGGAACAGUGAUUCUGCCACUCAGCUUAACUCUUGAUUAAAAUCAUAUCUUGACGUUUUUAAAAGGACCCACCCAUUCCCCCCACCCCCCCGUGUCUCUUUACCAAAAAUGUGACACGUCUCCCAAACGUUAGGAGACUAAUGAAAUACCUCUGUGUGGACAUAACUGGCCAGUGUGUCGUACAUGUAGAGGAACAUCCACAGAUCAAACAGGCUCCGAAUGUCCUCGGUGGGUGUCUUUUUUGAGUGAUUCUGUGGUGUUGACUUAAACAUCUUAACAAGGGCUCAUGAUGAAGUGACACAGGGUGAUAUCAGUUGCAGAAAGAAGAGGAAGAAAGCUAGCACACUGUUGGAAUAUGCAUGUCUCCCCUCAUCCCCACCCUCUUUUGUGUAUAGUUUAUUCCAAAUCCUUAAGGUUGACCUCCUGAUGUGACCGUGGUAGCUUUCAGUGGAUCUGACUGACCAGUUGUACAGUAGGAUAUAGGAAUAGCUGUGUUAUGAAACUGAAAGACAGCUGAUUAUUAUUUCCGUCUUGGUGGAAUGAUUUUAAGUAUGAGGUUUCUCAAAACCCUUUUGUACAGCUUAAACCUGUGGAAAAAGUAUGUGUUUAUGGAACCAAGGCCAGUUUAGUCGGGUUUUUCACCCAUCGAGAUGUGUGUGAAUAUUGGGAGCAGCCACCAAGUCACUUUUUGUAGUCUUUUGAGCUUGUUGGUUUUCUUUUGUUGUAAAUGGUAACCCCCCUCCACCCCUUCCAGACCCCUUUUUUUGGAACAUAGAUAUAACUUGAAAACUUCAGCUGAUUGUGGUGUGUGCUGUGCAUCUCAAGUCUUUCUUCCUACGAAAGGAGAGCUCACUGCAGUAAUGGUGGUGUCUACUCAUCUCGUCUGUCUGCAAUUUGUGUCCAUCUCAUUUUUUAUGUAGUAGAACAGUUAAUAUAUACAUUUUAUGAAAAUUAUUUUUCUUUUCAAUUAUGCACCACUGUUCAAAGAUUUUAUAUCCUAACUUUACAAAAUUUACAACCUUUGUAAUAUUCAAUGGUUUCUUUUAAAAAGACAUUUUAUGUAAUUUUAUUUUUAGUAUUCUGUAAUUAAAAUGAUGAAAAUUAA